GAGGGUUAGAAGAAGAAGGAGAAGUAGAAGAGGGAAGAGAGGAGCGAGGGGGGGAGUCGUGCUGUGAAGGUGAAUACCGGACGACGUCACCAGGCAGCAUAACUUAUUGUAUGUUCCCUUGGGCCUGAGGAGGAGGCCAGGUUUGCCACUUUGCAUGCCUGCCUGCGUUAGGAGGAGGCCCCGCUCCGACGUGAAGAAGAAGAAGAGGAAGAUUGAGAAAUGAGUGAGUAGUGCUGUACACACUCUGCCUGCCCAUUGGAGCAGCAGGAGGCUGGCAGUGACAUGCCCUGCUUGCACCCUCGAGCUACUACUCCUCUGUAGUAGUGCUGUGGUGUGUUGCUGUGAUCACGGGGUUUGCAGUGUCGUCGUGCGCCAUGCCCGGGGCUUGUGAGGGAAACGUGAGCGAAGGGUGUGCUUGCGGGAACGGUUCGGGUGAGAGCCUGGAGGGAGUUGCUAGAAGAGGAGGAGUCACCCAGUUUUGCUUUUGCUGCAUUUCCGUUGCGCUGCGGGGAUCUUCGCGCUCCAGCUGGCGGAGCGUGCGCGCGCGUUGUGAGCCGCUCGCGGAUGAGCAUGCAGGAGACCAAGACAUUAUUGGCUAGAUUUUUCGAAGUAUAUAGAGGGGUGACAACGCUCACUCUUGUGGAGGAUAAUUUCGGGAUCACCGUAGAUCCCUAGGGUUAGCGGAAGAGAUGGAUACAUGCCAUUGUGUCGAACCGCAAUGGCCAGCAGACGACCUUCUUAUGCGUUAUCAAUAUGUGUCGGAUUUUUUUAUAGCCCUGGCAUACUUUUCGAUUCCGCUUGAGUUGAUAUAUUUUGUUAAGAAAUCUUCUAUAUUUCCAUACCGAUGGGUGCUUGUACAGUUUGGGGCUUUCAUCGUCCUCUGUGGGUCUACACAUCUUAUCAACUUGUGGACUUUUAGUCCCCAUACCCGCACGGUAGCUGUGGUGCUCACUGUAGCGAAGAUUUUUACCGCGGUAGUGUCUUGCGCUACUGCCCUUAUGCUUAUCCAUAUCAUUCCAGACCUGCUUAGUGCUAAAACUCGGGAGCUUUUUCUGAAGAACAAGGCAGCAGAGUUAGACAGGGAGAUGGGGUUGAUACGAACUCGAGAGGAGACUGGUCGUCAUGUUCGCAUGCUUACUCAUGAGAUUCGGAGUACACUUGACCGGCAGACUAUUCUGAAGACAACACUGGCUGAGUUGGGAAAGGCACUUGACCUCGAGGAAUGCACUUUGUGGAUGCCAACCCGGCUUGGUCAGGACUUGUUGCUCACGCAUUCACUGCGACAACUUGAACAAACGCAUAUUACAGUUCCUAUACAUCACCCAGUAGUAAAGCAAGUCUUUAGUAAUCAUCGAGCAAUUAUGAUUACACCCAAUAGCCCUGUUUGCUUAAUCAGAUCCCGCCAAGGAAAGUAUUCAAUGGGAGAUUGCGUAGCUGUGCGGGUCCCACUUCUCCCUCUUAAUAACUUCCAUACUGAUUGGCCUGAGAGCCACUCGAAGCGGGCAUAUGCGUUGAUGGUCCUUAUGCUACCUUGCGAUAGUGCUCGUAGGUGGCACGUUCAUCAAUUACAGCUCGUGGAGACUGUGGCAGACCAGGUGGCUGUUGCUUUGUCACAUGCUGCAAUCCUGGAAGAGUCCAUGAGAGCCCGCAGCCUUCUUGUGGAACAAAAUGUGGCUUUGGACCUGGCAAGGCGUGAAGCUGAGACAGCCAUACGUGCUCGGAAUGAUUUUCUAGCUGUAAUGAACCACGAGAUGCGUACACCCAUGCAUGCGAUUAUUGCCUUGUCUUCCCUUCUCCAGGAGACACGAUUGACGCCCGAACAGCGUUCAAUGGUGGAUACUAUUCUCAAAAGCAGCAACUUAUUAGCGACUUUAAUCAACGAUGUACUUGAUCUCUCUCGGCUCGAAGACGGAAGCUUGGAGUUAGAGACCCGGGUCUUUAACCUACCAAUCGUUUUCAAAGAGGUUAUGAAAUUAGUUGCACCGAUAACUUCAGUGAAAAAACUCAAAUCUGAAUUGACUUUGGAUGGAGACCUACCAGAGUUUGUGGUGGGCGAUGAAAAACGGCUCAUGCAAACUGUUCUCAAUGUUGUUGGGAAUGCUGUGAAGUUCACGAAAGAGGGCAGCGUGACCAUUCAUGUUAUUCUUGAUAGGGAUAGAACAGAUUAUCAAAGGUCUGAGCCUCAUUCUCUCAGAGAACCUCUAUCGCAAGUAGAGUCCCGCUCGCAAAGGGAUCAUCAUCUUUCUUUGGGAGAGCAACAUUGCUACAUUAGAGUUGAGGUGGUCGACACUGGUGUGGGCCUGAAUCCUUUGGAUAUUCCCAAUCUUUUCAACAAAUUUCUCCAGGCUGACUCUUCUCCUACUAGAAAUUACGGAGGAACAGGCCUGGGCUUGGCAAUCUGUAGGAGGUUCGUGUCCCUGAUGGGCGGCGACAUAUGGGUUGAGAGUGAAGGCAUUGGAAAGGGUACCACCGUCAAUUUUAGUGUCAGACUAAGCCUACCUGAGAAACCAAAUGAACAAGAUAGGCAAAUUACUCCCUCUCCUGCAUCAGUACAUCUGCGAACCGAUUUUAGCGGUGUGAAGGUCCUUGUCACAGAUGAUAAUGGGGUGAAUCGGAUGGUUACUCGGGGGUUACUUACGAGGCUUGGAUGUGAGGUGACUGUUGUUAGCUCCGGCAGCGAAUGCCUGCAAGUUAUCUCUCAGCCUGGACAGAAUUUCCAAGUGCUACUGCUAGAUGUCUGCAUGCCUGAAAUGGAUGGCUACGAAGUGGCUAUUCGCAUACAGCAAAAGUUUGCUCGGCAUGAGCGGCCGUUAAUGGUGGCUCUAACUGCAAAUACUGACAAGCAAACGAGGGGAAAAUGUCUCGAUUUGGGGAUGGAUGGUGUCAUCAUGAAACCUAUUUCGUUGGAGAAGAUGCGAAUGAAUUUAACAGAGCUCUUGGAACGGGGCUCCUUGACACCAGAAACCCGGCGGAAAGCAUAAAGAGAGUCUACGUUUCUGUUUUUUUUCUUUCGUUUUUUUCUUUUUUACAUACUAGUUAGUUCUUUUUUGUCCAGCAGUUCUC